AUGUUUGAUCAGAAUGACAUCUCCACGAUUUCCGCACGACUUGAGCACAUCAAAAACGAGUUUUUUGCCGGAAAUGACAAGCCGUUCUCAUCAAUAUCCGGUUUCCAAACGCCUACGACAGCCUUAGGAGCAGCAAUGCAAGAUCUUAACAUGAAAAGUGCCUUUGCCCCUGUCUCACCAAAAAGCCGCAGUACCCAUCAUCGAGGAGUCUCACAUAAGAGCGGUUACCGAAUUUCCGAUCUGCUACAUGAUGAUCCAGUUUUUCGCAAGUCGGAAGAGUUCACAUCAGCCGAUAAGAAGAUACAUAGGGUACCGAUUAGAUUGGUACAAUCCUGCUCCACCCAA